CUUAGAUAUUUUGUAAUUCUUAGAUCGACGACCGUUCUAAAACCAUGGUGGACUAUUCCGUUGUCAGUGUUUUAACAGGCUACGCGGUGGUGUUUAUAGCCUGCGCGAGCAUGUCCUGGCCGUCUCCUGAAAUACCAGCACUAAAUUCCAGCACUUCGCAACUCGAUAGCGAGUUGACGACUGAAGAAAUCUCGUGGAUUGCGUCCUUCCUCGGAUUGGGAGCGAUCCCCGGACCGUUUAUAUUCGGAUUCUUGGCGGAUCACGUCGGUAGGAAGUAUUCCAUCCUCUCCUUGAGCGUUCCCCUGACGUUAAGCUACCUUCUAAUGCUAUUUACCAACAAAGUAAUCUAUUUGUAUAUAGCGAGGUUCGUUGUCGGGACGGCAGUGGGAGGUGUGUUUACGGUGUUGCCCAUGUACGUCGGGGAAAUGGCACUGGAUCGCCACCGAGGCAUCCUGGGAAACGCCAUGACCACCUUUUUGUGCCUCGGACUUUUGUUUUCAUACGCGGUAGGUCCUUACUUGAACUUUUUCGACUUUAACGUGAUGCUGGCCGCCUUGCCGGCGGUUUUUCUCGUGGUGUUCGCGGUUGUCGGCGUCGAGAGCGCCCACUAUUACAUGGCGAAGAAUGACCGAGCCUCCGCUAGGGCGGUCCUGCUAAAAAUCAGGAAUGUAAGCGACCAAGAGGUCGAAGAAGAAUUGGAAAACAUUAGACAUCUGACGGAUAGCGAACGAGGCGGAAAGCUGUCGGAUAUUUUCAAGUCCCGGGGGCUAGCGAGAGCGCUGUUCAUGACGCUUGGAGUGAUGGUUUUUCAACAGCUUGCCGGCAUAGAUCCGUUGACGGCUUACUCUGAGCAAAUUUUCGACGAGGCCAACACCUCGAUCCCCGCGGAAAUUUGCGCAAUAAUGAUCGGUUUGGUUCAGUUCGUCGCGAGUUUCAUAACUCCGGCCGUCGCCAACCGGUUCGGUCGAAAGACCCUUUUGAUAUUCUCAGCCGUCGGAAUGGCCGUGUCGGAAGCGACGUUGGGCUUGUAUUUCAUUUUCAAAAAUCGUUCGGUGGACGUCAGUUCCGUGAGUUUCUCACCGGUUUUGUCCCUCGUGGCAUACUACGUAUUUUUCAAUUGUGGGUUUGGAUCGAUUCCGUUCACAAUUGUCGGUGAGAUAUUCCCGAACAAUGUUAAAUCCAGUGCGGCAGCUGUGAACACCAGCCUUCGGUGGCUGGUGGGAUUCCUGAUGACGAGAUUCUUUCGAAAUUUGGUGGAUCUAAUUGAAGUGGGUUGGGUUUUUGAACUCUACGGUUUGAUGUGUGUGCUCGCUGCUUUCUUUAUCGGUUUCGUGGUUGCCGAAACGAAGGGAAAAUCGUUGAAAGAAAUUCAAGACCAUUUGAACAAUUAG